AUGACGGACAACAUUAUUUUGGUAAUCCUGCUAUUAAAUGGAAUCAUUUGUGAGGCACAAUAUCAUAACUGUUUCAUGUCUGGUGGUAUUUCCGGACGUUCGACCUGGUGUGGUGAAAACUCGAAAGAUGAAGAGAAUUUGAAAGAUCCAGUGGAGAUAAUGAAACGUGCCAAAGAAUUCCUUGAAAAGCAGAACAAAAUUAUAUUGGAUCCAAUGACCUGGACUCUAGCAAUAACGACACCACCACCAUCAAUAUCUGUUUCACCAGUCAUUAACGCAACAUCGGCAGCGACAGUAUCAGGUCCAAUGCUUGUAGCUCAACCUGGAAUAACCGAAGCAAGAGCACAAUCAUCAUACAUUCCGUUAUAUUCAGUAGCACUGCCCGGUGAUGCCAAUUCACUCCCUACUCCUAUUUCAAAAGAUCCUUCAAACUUAUCCAAUUUGCAAUUACUACCAUUUGUUGGAAUACUUUCUCCAGAAAACUCACGUGGCCUUCAGAACGAUCUUAUUUCAACUGGCCAAGCAAAUUUUCCUUAUCGUCUUGCAAAUUCUGAGCAAAUAAGUAGACUCCAACAGCAAUUUCGGAAUCAAGCAAAUUACAUGGUAAAUAAAGAGAAUGAAGCAAGUAAUACGAUAAAUAAAGUAAACGAAAUACCUCGUCUGUUGAAAAUACCACCAUCACCUUCAACACCAAAAUUUUUUGCUGAAGAACAAAAUCUAAAAUUGAAAGAAAAUAAUGACUUGACGGAUAUGAGUAGCAUAAAACCAAUUAGCUGCGUUACUACUUUUCAUGCAACUGCUAUAUAA